AAUUGGAAUCAGUUGCUGCUUGCACGUUGCUGUGAACGGUUGCGCCUUGUUGCUCGUAAAGUUUGUUACAACAUUUUGUGUGCUACGGGAAAAUUGGCUGCUGAUUGCAUCUAUUUUCCAUCGGUAUAUACGUGGUCAUCUUUUCACCGUCUUGCUUCACCACUGGUUCGCCUCGUCGUCAGUCGGAUAGACGGACCCCCGGGGGAAAGAGAGAAAGCAAAACUAAGCUGCUAAGUAGUCAAGUUGGUCACACGAGUGCCGAGCGCCGAAUCGAACGGAUUGUUUCUCGAGUUUUCUUCUGUGAAGAAAGUUGUGCUGUCAAAAUUUUCUCUACCACGCAGUCGGAGGGAAUUCUAGUGCCUAACUGGGAACAGUAGCCAAGAGUUGACAUCCUAGUGAUUCAAAUCGUCAGUCAGUAAAGUGCAGUGCGCGUGUUGACACGAGUCUUCUAAGGAGAGUUUCGAUUUGGUUUGAAAAGUUGCCGAAUUUUGAUCACCACUCAAAAUGAGAGAAAUCGUUCAUCUGCAGGCCGGCCAGUGCGGAAACCAGAUUGGUGCUAAGUUUUGGGAAAUCAUCUCGGAGGAACACGGUAUUGAUGCUACCGGCAUUUACCACGGGGAAUCAGAUCUGCAACUGGAACGAGUCAGCGUUUAUUACAAUGAAGCCUCAGCCGUCUCCCGCUCGUCGGGUGGCAAGUACGUGCCGCGUGCGAUUCUGCUCGAUCUGGAACCAGGAACGAUGGAGGCGGUCCGCUCCGGACCCUACGGAAAGCUGUUCCGUCCGGAUAACUUUGUGUUCGGGCAGUCCGGCGCUGGCAACAACUGGGCCAAGGGACACUACACCGAAGGUGCCGAACUGGUCGAUGCCGUCCUAGAUGUGGUGCGUAAGGAGUGCGAGAACUGCGAUUGCUUGCAGGGUUUCCAACUAACGCAUUCGUUGGGAGGUGGUACCGGAUCUGGCAUGGGAACGCUGUUGAUUUCUAAGAUUCGUGAAGAAUAUCCAGAUAGAAUCAUGAACACAUACUCGGUGGUGCCAUCGCCGAAGGUAUCGGACACCGUGGUCGAACCGUACAACGCGACCCUGUCAAUCCACCAGCUGGUGGAAAAUACCGACGAAACUUACUGCAUCGACAAUGAAGCAUUGUACGACAUCUGUUUCCGCACAUUGAAGGUGCCAAAUCCCAGCUACGGCGAUUUGAACCACUUAGUUUCGCUGACAAUGUCCGGUGUAACUACCUGUCUGCGAUUCCCCGGCCAGUUGAACGCGGAUUUGCGAAAACUCGCCGUCAAUAUGGUUCCGUUCCCUCGUUUGCAUUUCUUCAUGCCUGGCUUUGCUCCACUAACCUCUCGUGGAUCUCAGCAGUACCGUGCUCUGACAGUUCCGGAACUCACCCAACAGAUGUUCGAUGCUAAGAACAUGAUGGCAGCUUGCGACCCAAGACACGGUCGAUACCUGACCGUUGCUGCUGUCUUCCGUGGUCGGAUGUCAAUGAAGGAAGUCGACGAACAGAUGCUCGCUGUGCAGAACAAGAACAGCAGCUACUUCGUAGAGUGGAUCCCGAACAACGUGAAGACCGCCGUCUGUGAUAUCCCGCCGAAGGGCUUGAAGAUGUCGUCGACCUUCAUCGGAAACACAACCGCCAUCCAGGAGCUGUUCAAGCGUAUCUCUGAGCAAUUCUCCGCUAUGUUCCGUCGUAAGGCUUUCUUGCAUUGGUACACCGGCGAGGGUAUGGAUGAGAUGGAGUUCACCGAGGCGGAGAGCAACAUGAACGAUCUGGUGUCCGAGUAUCAGCAGUACCAGGAAGCGACGGCCGACGACGAGUUCGAGCAGGAGGAGUGUGCCGACGAAAUGGAGGGCGAAUGCGUUUAAAUCUACCAUGUUGGAUGGCAGUGAAGCAUUUUUACUAUUUAUUAUUAUUAUUAUUAGAUAGAUAAAACGUAAUGAGGUUUUAUGAGUACACAAGCCGAAGAAAUAGUCUUUAAAAAUCUAAUCCUUCAUCUACUCUCGGAUCUCAGCAUAUCUACUAAUCGACCAGAUUUAGAGCUGCCCUUGGCAGCGAUUGCACCAAACUUUACUUAUACCGGCAAUUCAGACAACUUUUCACCAUAAAUAGAUCACGCAUUACAAAAGCAUCAAUCAAAGUAGAUUCAUAAGUUAGAUAACGUGAGAGUGCGCGAAUAUAUUGAGUUUAGGAGAGAAGUGCAGUCCUGUUCCCCAACAAACACGGAGUGUGUAGCGAAUGCACCAUGUAGCCUACAUUCAGGCACUAUUUCUACUGGAAUGAAAUAGUGGACGUCACCGAGAGUCGAUGGCUUUUUAUGGUAACAGUAAGUCUACCGUGCAGAGGGGCAUGACUGGAACGCCGUUUGAUAUAGAUAGAGAUAUAAAGUUGAGAAGAAAAAAAAAAAACCCGACAAAAGUGCUGCCAAUCAAUCCAAUACAAAAGCAAUCGGAAUAGUUGUUCAAUACUUAUUUGCUUCCUUAAACGUUUAUUUCCAGAUCGUCUGGCUAUUUAUCCAAAGAUUAUUUUUGAAACUCAUUUGAUUUGCUCCAAGAAUCGGUUUACUUCGGGGCAGGAUUGAUUAGUUAACUCUAAAUAAUAUAUGAACCCAACUUCAAUACUAACCGCCAGUAUAUCACUGUACUAUAUUUAUCACUUUGGAUAUAUGCAAAUGAAUUACAGGAAUUUGUCGAUUCUGUGUCGAAUGGUCAUUUGAUUUUACAACGACAAUCACCUUGAGGUAGAAUUGGACUUAAACGAAAUACACACAAUUGUAAUGUUAAUAUUUGAAACGGAACAAUAAAACCACAAUUGUAUUUAUUUGUAAAA